AUAGAUAGAUGACUCUAUAAAUAAAUAAGGAUGAAAAUGAUAGGAAAACUGCGUUUUGUAACAGUUGAGAGGUUUAUAAGCAAACAAACUCUCUCUCUCUCUCUCUCUCUCAUAGACAAUGAAUUCCCUUUUUUGACUAAAAUUCUCUCUAUCUGCUUUUUUUAAAUCUUACUUCUCUCUACACCAAAAUCGCUUCUUUCCUCAACUGGGAAAAUGAGUUUAGAUUCCGUCAAAGUUAUGGAGGAUUGGCAAUCCAACAGAUCCAAUGAGCUUUACAAGAGGAAUAAGAAGAAGAAAAAGAAGAACAAUGUCAGAAACAGUGAUGGCCAAGAAGAAGAAGCAAAUGGGGGUUGCUGGGUCAAAUUAAGGGUCAUGCUUUGUUGCGUAGCUUCAACAUCAGACGUUCACAGCUCUCUCAGCCUCUCCACAACCACUGUGGGAAGUAAGUCUCCAAUUUUGAAAUCUAACGAUCAACCGGCUGGCCCUGUUUCUUCUACUACAACAACCAGCAAUGCAGAAAGCUCUCUGUCCACUCCAAUGAUAAGUGAAGAACUUAAGAUCUAUUCUCACCUCAAGAAGUUUUCUUUCCUUGAUCUCAAGCUGGCAACUAGAAACUUCAGACCGGAGAGUCUUCUCGGGGAAGGUGGCUUUGGUUGUGUCUUUAAAGGAUGGGUCGAGGAGAACGGCACCGCUCCUGUUAAGCCUGGCACUGGACUUACUGUGGCCGUCAAAACCUUGAAUCCUGAUGGCCUUCAGGGUCAUAAAGAGUGGCUUGCUGAGAUUAACUAUCUGGGUAAUCUUCUCCAUCCGAAUCUUGUUAAACUGGUGGGUUACUGUAUCGAAGAUGAUCAAAGGCUGCUGGUUUAUGAGUUUAUGCCUCGUGGGAGUUUGGAGAAUCACCUCUUCAGAAGGUCGUUGCCUCUUCCAUGGUCAAUUCGGAUGAGGAUUGCAUUAGGUGCUGCAAACGGUCUCAGUUUCCUUCACGAAGAAGCUCUGAAGCCCGUUAUAUAUCGGGAUUUCAAAACCUCAAACAUCUUACUAGAUUCAGACUACAAUGCCAAACUAUCAGAUUUUGGGCUUGCCAAAGAUGCCCCUGAUGAAGGCAAAACCCAUGUCUCUACUCGAGUCAUGGGCACUUAUGGUUACGCCGCUCCUGAGUAUGUUAUGACUGGUCACUUGACAUCAAAGAGCGAUGUUUAUAGUUUCGGUGUGGUUCUACUCGAAAUGCUGACUGGCAGAAGAUCUAUGGACAAAAACCGACCAAACGGGGAACACAACCUCGUGGAAUGGGCGAGACCGCACCUCCUUGACAGGAGACGAUUCUACCGGCUACUUGAUCCGAGGCUGGAGGGUCAUUUCUCCAUCAAAGGAGCUCAGAAAGUAACUCAGCUCGCAGCCCAAUGCCUUAGCCGUGACUCCAAGAUCAGACCCAAAAUGAGUGAAGUGGUCGAGGUCCUUAAACCACUCCCACAUCUGAAAGACAUGGCAAGCUCUUCUUACUACUUCCAGACAAUGCAAGCCGAGAGAUUGAAAGCUGGGUCUGGGUCGGGUCGUGGGUUCGGGUCAAGAAACGGGCAACUUGUGUUUAGGACACAGUCUAGUCCUCAUGGCCAAGCUGGUUCUUCACCUUAUCGUCAUCAGGUUCCCACUCCCAAGCCCAAAGGUGCAACUACUUAGUUUUGAAGCUAUCUCACAUUUCCUAAAGGGGAGGAUCUCUCUUGUAAUGCAUGGAAACGUCUAUUCAACCGAUGUAAAACAGAUAUUGUUAACCUAGUGUUUCUUUUGUCUAUUGUACUCUUUAACCGUUGCCCUAGUGAGGGUAAUAUUAUCACUAACUAUUGUGUUAGAAGUGA